CAACUCUUAACAACCAUGGCCUCCGCAAGCAGCUCCGCUCAGGCAGCCUUCGGGCUGGGCAGGAAAAAGAAGACCCCCACCCUCAUGGAUCAGAUCGGGACCUUCUUUGGAGGGGACAAGAAGAGGAAGAGCAAGGGGUCCUUCCGUGGAGCUCUGUCCCCCGCCCCCCAGAAAUCCACCGCCGCCUCUCCCCGUAAGCGCGGCACCGAGAACGCCGUGGUGACGUUCUUCAGAACUAUUGUGUCCCCUGCCCCACCCAAGUCUAGGUGGACUGGAAUGGCAGCUAAGAUGGGCCUGGGGAGCCAGAAGUCACAGCCAAAAGCAAAGAAGGCCGCCGCCGGGGACGGUAAAGGCAGCCUGACCAAGAUCUUCAAAAUGUGAUGAUAUCGUGCUCAGAGGAAGCAGAAGUGCUUCACCAGCCAAGCGCUGAAGAAGUCCCUGAUGGAAGCUUACCCUCUUCCAACGGCAACGCGGGCCCAACCCCUGUCAUCAACAACAAAAACAACAGCAAGGGACGAACGAGAGAGGGAAAAAAAAAUGAAGAAACUAAAAUAUCUCCGUGCCUCUCACUCUCCAAAACCUCAACCGUUUCCUGCAUCUUAACACGCUAACACUUGCCUUAACUGUCCUACGACCUCACCCUUACCACCUUGAUCUCACCUCCUCCCCCACCUCCCUCUCCCCAUGCGGCUGCUAGAUAUUACAAUCUGUGCCUGCUCCCCAUUCCCCCCCCCCCCCCCAAACCCAGAGUCCCAUGUAGUGUUCGUCGGCAUUGUAUGGUGUGUUUGCUGCAGUGGUUCCUGCAUUCUCUCACAAGCGCAGCGCUGAUUGGACGCCUGCUGGGCCUCUCGUUACAUGUGCUUCAAAAGCGUCUCUGUGUCUUUAGUCGUUUUGCUCACAUAAAAGUUGGCUGAAGCGGACGUCACCCGAACAGGAAGUAGAGGGCCGGUCGCAGGUCUUUCUGACCUAACCGCGGACAACCCUUGUGAGUGUGUGAAGAACGGGUGUUGCUCCGCAUCAUUUAUUUUUUAAGGUGUUUUUUUGUCUCGUCUUCUCCGUUGUCGUGUCUUCUCCAAGAACCCUGUUUACGCGUCGCUAUGAUUUAUGUUCUAAACCGAUCUAACAUGGUUUUAACGUUACACGUUUUAAUGGAACAUGUUCAUCGUUUUUGUAUUCCUCCUCUCAUCUUUAGACCCUCAUGGGGUCAAACAUGUGUUCUGUCUUCAAUGUGAUGUCUGAUCUACGUUUGUUAAUAAAACAAUGUGACCUGCUGUAAAGCUUUGAGGUGAACACUGAAUAAACAUAGGGCGAUAUAAAAUCUAUGUUUGCAAUAAAUGCAUUGAAUUCCAAUAAAAUGGAUAAUUCUGCAAUGUCUAA